UAGUGCUAGAUUACUUUUCAGUUUCCCCACAGUCCAUACAUAAAUUCUGUAGACCUUUGUUCACCAACCUUCCCGGCCGCCGUGGCUGGCUGGUGGUUGCCGGAAUAUAUCGCAGAUUAUCUCUCCUACAUGGCUUGAUAUGCCCUUCUCAUAAGCCGUUACAGCCAACCAAGUCAAAACCGUGUAAAGAAAUUUUUUAUACUAGUAUUGAUUCUCACUACUUGUUACUAUUAGAUUAUUAUAUCGUUGAAAGAGCCGCCUUUUUGGUGGGUUUUGUUUUUCGUUUCAAUUCCAUUUUGAAUUUGUGGUUUGUUAAAAUUUUAAUAGUAAUUGUAGUGGAAAAAAGUUUUGUUUAGUAAGAGAAAUAGAGGAAGAGAUGUAUGGGGUGGCUCCGCCGCGGAGCUCGGAUUCGGAUGGUGCCGCUGCCGAUGGUGCAGCCUUCGUCAGGGCUUAUCAGACUUGGAAAGGCAGUAAUAAAUUUUUCCUUUGGGGACGAUUCAUUUUUGGGCCUGAUGUGAGAUCACUGUUUCUAACGAUAUUCCUCAUAAUUGCUCCUGUUGCUGUUUUCUGCGUCUUCGUUGCCAGAAAGCUGAUGGAUGAUUUUUCUGAUCAUUGGGGCAUAUCAAUCAUGGUUGUAGUCAUCGUUUUCACGGUUUAUGAUGUGGUCAUUCUCCUCCUGACUUCUGGAAGAGAUCCUGGUAUAGUUCCUCGUAGUGCACGUCCUCCGGAGCCAGAAGCCUAUGAAGGCAGUCCAGAAAUAGAGCCUGGCCAAACUCCACAGUUACGUCUUCCUCGCAUCAAAGAUGUAUAUGUGAAUGGCGUUGUAGUGAAAGUUAAAUAUUGUGAUACCUGCAUGCUAUAUAGGCCUCCACGUUGUUCACACUGUUCCAUAUGCAAUAACUGUGUGGAACGAUUUGAUCAUCACUGUCCGUGGGUCGGACAAUGCAUUGGAUUGCGGAAUUACAGGUUCUUUUUCAUGUUCGUCUUCUCAACAACAAUCCUGUGUUUGUACGUACAUGGCUUUUGUUGGGUUUACAUCAGAAAAAUAAUGGACAGUGAGAAGACAACAAUCUGGAAGGCAAUGAGCAAGACUCCAGCUUCCAUUGUCCUAAUAGUUUACACAUUUGUAUGCGUCUGGUUUGUUGGGGGCCUCUCAGUCUUCCAUCUUUAUCUGAUUAGCACAAACCAGUCGACAUAUGAAAACUUUAGAUACCGAUAUGAUCGACGAGCCAAUCCAUUUAACAAAGGGAUUUCUAAGAACUUCAUGGAGGUAUUCUGCACCAGGAUUCCUCCGUCAAAAUUCAAAUUUAGGGCGAAGGUGCAGAGAGAGCCCGAGCUCCCACCUCGAGUGGUGGGUGAUGGUUUUUCAGUUUCGAAAGUUGGGAAACCCUUGGGUAAUCUGGAGAUGGGAAGAAAGCCAGUUUGGGAUGAAGGUACUACUAAUGCAAAUGAAUUUGAAAGGCAAUAUGGACAUGAUGAUGGUCUGGACAAAUCUGGCGAACUGCCAAUCGUUUCCCCUGAGCUGAGUAGGAUCACUCUUACUGAGAGCACAGAGGGAAGGAGUAUUCUACACUCCAGGCGCUCUAGUUGGGCAAGGACAAGUGGAAGCUUGGAUAUGCCGGCUGAAGUUGGAAGCAUGCCUAAAGAGUUGGACAACUUUCAAUUAUCCGACCAGCAACCACCCGCUGCUGCCUCCCCUGAGAUUGUCGCAAUGGCCUCUCGAAUGGGAGACUCAAAUCACAUUCCUCUAGGCGAAAGAUUUACAGUAGAAAAUCAGCAAUGACAAAUCAGUUGGAUACUACAACAAACAGGGGAGAGAAGAGGGGAAAUCAUAGAAACCUCCUCCCUUUUCCAUCAAGGGUAAAAGAAAGAAAAGGAAAUGCUUGCGAGUUUCGAGUUUUGCUUGAUUGAAAAGUCUUGAGGUGUGCGUGCUCUCUGUAUAUCUUCUUUCAACGAUUGUGAAUGUGCGAGUUUAAGGAAUGACUUUUGACACAAAAAAAAAAAAAAAAGAAUGUGCGAGUUUAAGCGUACUCCUUGUUUCUAUCAUAAUAUAUUUUUACCAACCUUUCUUGUGCUCCCA